GCCCAGCCGCGGCCGCAGCGCACUCUGCCGGCUCCCGGGUCCUGUCCGCGGGGAGCGCGCCGCUCGUCCGCCCAGUGCCGGCGCGGGCCGCCCGCCGCGGGCUCGGGGUCACCAUGCGCCCGCCCGGGCCCUGGCUGUGCGCGCUGGCCGGCGCCGUCGCCUGCGCCCUCGGCCCCCGGGGUGGCCAGGCAAUCGGGCUGCAGCGGGAGGAGUGCAUCUACCUGAAGAUGAUUGAGGUGCAGCACAAGCAGUGCUUGGAGGAGGCCCAGCUGGAGAAUGAGACCAUAGGCUGCAGCAAGAUGUGGGACAACCUCACCUGCUGGCCAGCCACCCCCCGGGGCCAGGCAGUGGUCUUGGGCUGCCCUCUCAUCUUUAACAUCUUCGCCCCCACUGCAGGCCGCAACGUGAGCCGUAACUGUACCGACGAGGGCUGGACGCCCCUGGAGCCUGGUCCCUACCCCGCGGCCUGUGGCUUCGAUGAGAGAGAAUCGGCUUUGGAUGAGCAGCAGCAGAUGAUGUUCUACAGUUCCGUGAAGACCGGCUACACCGUCGGCUACAGCCUGUCCCUCGCAGCCCUUCUGGUGGCCACAGCCAUCCUGAGCUUGUUCAGGAAGCUUCACUGCACGCGGAACUACAUCCACAUGCACCUCUUCAUCUCCUUCAUCCUGAGGGCGGUUGCCGUCUUCAUCAAAGACUUGGCCCUCUUUGACAGCGGGGAGCUGGACCACUGUGAGGGCUCGGUGGGCUGUAAGGCCGCUGUGGUCCUGUUCCAGUACUGUGUCAUGGCCAACUUUUUCUGGCUGCUGGUGGAGGGCCUUUACCUUUACACCCUGCUCGCCGUCUCCUUCUUCUCCGAGCGGAAGUACUUCUGGGGGUACAUACUCAUCGGCUGGGGCAUGCCCAGUACCUUCACCAUGGUGUGGACCAUCAUCAGGAUCCAUUUUGAAGACUACGGAUGCUGGGACACCAUCAACUCUUCAUUGUGGUGGAUCAUCAAGGUCCCCAUUCUCAUUUCCAUCUUGGUGAACUUCAUCCUGUUUAUUUGCAUCAUCCGAAUCCUGGUUCAGAAACUGCGGCCCCCUGAUGUUGGGAAGAGUGACAGCAGCCCUUAUUCGAGACUGGCCAAAUCCACCCUUCUGCUCAUCCCCCUGUUUGGAGUGCACUACAUCAUGUUCGCCUUCUUCCCUGACAACUUUAAGGCGGAAAUAAAAAUGGUCUUUGAGCUCGUCGUAGGGUCGUUCCAGGGCUUCGUGGUGGCCAUCCUCUACUGCUUCCUCAACGGCGAGGUGCAGGCGGAGCUGCGGCGCAAGUGGCGGCGCUGGCGAACGCAGGGCAUGCUGGGAGUGGGCCCCAAGUACCACCACCCAUCCGGAGGCAGCAACGGGGCCACGUGCAGCACGCAGGUGUCCAUGCUGACCCGCAUCAGCCCCGGCGCUCGCCGCUCCUCCAGUUUCCAGGCCGAAGUCUCACUUGUCUGACCUCCAUGGGUCAAGGGGUGAUGUCUUCUGCCUGCUCCUACCUCCCGGGCUGGCACUGGAGGCAGAGGCCUGCGCACGUGCGGCCAACCCUGGGCUUGGAAGGCGUCCUGGCACCUCCAUUCCCACCACAAGCCCAGGGCUUGGGCAGCACCGCCUUUGCCCCUGCUGGGGCGCUGUGAGGUGGGCUUCCAGUCCAGGACAAGAAACCUGCGCCUCCUCACUAGCCUUGAACCCCUGGCAUUUCUCCUGACAUGUGGAGGAAGGCAGCUGCCACCCCCGAUACACACGGGAAUGUGGUGUGAUCGGAGGGGACAAAGAGCUUGUCCGGCAAGGUCACCACCACCUAGCCAGUGCUUGAAAUUACACCACUACCGGCAGGUUCCUUGGGACUGAGUCGUCGCCACUGCUCACUUCCCCCAGAGCUGCUGCCAGCUGCUCCCGGCCUCCCUGGCUGCCAGUGCCUCCAGUUGAAUGAAUUCCGUUAUAACAGGGAGUUUGGAACCAGGGGACACGGCUGUGUCCGUAGCCCUCGUUGAAGCAGAGUGGUCCCGGAAUGGCUGGGGCCGUGCCAGACUGCCACCAGCCCUACACACCCCGAAACCACCCUAGGCUGCCCACCUGUGUGGCAACUAUUAGGACCGGACUCAGGUGUUCUCUCCUGGGUGCCCCGUACCCUCGCAUCACUCCAGCCCCUGGGAGCCACUGUCCAUAGGGAUGUCAACACAUCUGGAAAGUGAAUCUUACACAGAGUGCACGGGUACCUCUUCCUGCCACACAGAGCUUGAACUUUGCAUACCUGCCUGGUAUGCAAAUGAAAGCACAGACUCUUUUUAACUGCUGCCUUUUUAUAUUGUAAUAAGCUGAGCCCCUUGGUUAUUUGUAUCACCACUGGUAUUGUUAUUACCGCCAUCUCUGCAGCCCCAAGUCCUCCUUGCCCUCCCUGGAGUGUGGCCAGGGGAUCCUCCAACCCCUGUGAAUCCUCUCUGCACCAGAGCCUGGUGAUCGUAGCACCCUGCCACCACACAGCUUCCUCCCCACAUCCCAGCCAAAAUAGCCUUUCAGGACGGCAUACAGGCUUGUGCAACAAUAAAUCCGGGUUGGAUUGA